UCAGCGACUUAUAGCAGGACUGCAGCUGGCAUUCUGACACUUGGGGGGAGGGACUGACUAACAUCCCCAGUGCCACCAAUACAGUGAUCAGUGCUAAUAAAAAGCACUGACACUGUACUAAUGACACUGAGGAGGAAGGGGUUAACAUCUGGGGCAAUCAAAGGGUUAGCUGUGUGCUGUUUUGCUAUGUUGUCUGUGUGUGUGCUUUACUAUGUAAGCAUGCUGCUUUGUAUUAUUCUGCUAUGCAGAACAAUACAAAGAAGCAUGCUGGUGCUGACAAGGAAGAGAUCUGUAUUGUUUAUAUACAGACCUCUCCCCUGUCAGUGUUCCUUGGCGAUCACCGGGUGCCGGUGAGAAAU